AUGUAUACUCUCAUCCCGCAUACCCAUCGCGCGCUGCGCCAGGACACCUAUGCCUCCCAACCCAUUGUCCAGACCAUACCCACGCCGCAGCCCACCCCUGGAUCCGCCGUUCUCAGAGUCGAACUCGCCAACAUCCUCUCCUACACCAAGGACAUCUACAACGGCGCUCGGAAAUACCCAUACCCAACGCCCUUGACCCUCGGUUCCAGCGCCCUCGGCCGUAUCGUCGCACUGGGUCCCGAUGCCAUUGGUCUCAAGGCCGGCGACCUGUGCUUUCUCGAUGUGACCAUCUCCAGCCGCGACGACACCAACGGCUACAGCGCCUCCACGAGCACAUUCCUAUCGGCCAUCCACGACGGGUACAGUCCAGCGAGCAAGAAGCUCAUGAGCGAGGUGUGGCGUGACGGGACGUACGCGGAAUACGUGCGCUGGCCGCUGGAGAACUGCCACCGUGUCGACGAGCUCAAGUUGUUCGACAAAUUGGGGUAUAGCAUGGAAGACCUGAUGUUCAUCCCCAAAAUGAUGGUCCCGUACGGCGGAUUGGGACCAGGGGGUAUUGACAUCAAGCCCGGUGAGACGGUGGUAGUGGCUCCGGCGACGGGCAGCUUUGGAAGUGCGGCGGUGCAUGUUGCUUUGUCGUUGGGCGCAGGGAGGGUGAUCGCAAUGGGUCGGAAUAUGGCAACGCUGGACAAAGUCAAGAUUGCUGCUGGCGCGAAGGGGUCGAGGGUAGAGUGUGUGAGACUCAGCGGUGAGUGGGAGGAGGAUUUGAAGAGGUUGGAAAACCUAGGAGGGUCCAUUGAUGUGUUUUUCGAUACAAGUCCACCUGCGGCUGCAUCUUCGGGGCAUAUCAAAGCGGGCAUCAUGGCGUUGAAGAAAGGCGGACGGUGUGUGCUUAUGGGUGGAAUCAUGGGCGACGUGGCACUGCCGCAUAGUCGCAUCAUGCAUUGGGGGAUAAUGAUCAAAGGGAAGUGGAUGUUUGAAGCGGUGGAUGUGAGGAGGAUGAUCAAUCUGGUGGAAACGGGGGUGGUGAGUCUGUAUCAGCAACAGCAGAUGUCGCCAAUGGGCGCGAAAUGUUUUGGGACGUAUGGGCUGGAGGAGUGGGAGAAGGCGUUUGAAGAAGCGGAACACGUUGGGAGUGAUGGGUUCGUGUUGCUGAAGCCGUAG